AUGAAGAAGAAGACGACGGAAAAUCUGCAAUUGGAGACAGAACAUGUCAACACAUUCGACGAGCUGGAGGAGGAAGUACUCUCCGCCGUCAGAUCCAGAUUCCACACCGUCUACACGAUCGGCCCCCUCCAGCUUCUCGAGAAGGAGAUUUACGGCGGCGGCGGCGACGCCAUCGGAUCGAAUCUGUGGAAGGAAGACAUGGAGUGUUUGGAGUGGCUGGAUAAGAAGAAAAACGACGCCGUUCUGUACAUCAAAUUCGGCAGCAUUACGCCGUUAUCGGCGGGGCAAAUGUUUGAGUUCGCGUGGGGGUUCGGUUCUGCCGGAGGGGUUUCUGGAGGAGACGAAUGGGCGGGGCUUGCUUGUCGGGUGGUGCCGCCCGCAGGAGAAGGUUCUGGCACACGCGGCGGUGGGGGGUUUCUCACACACUGCGGGUGGAAUUCGACGGUGGAGACUAUAUCGGAGGAGUUCGCGUCACUUAUCGAGAUGUCCACCGGAAAAUCACCGUGGCCUAACGCCGCGGCCACGCUUCACCGGAUUGCAUUCUACGGCGAGGCUCCGGAGAUUCCGGGUUUCAUGUCCAGCGAGGCGAAGGAUUUUUUGAGUAAGUUCUUGAGAGUUGAUCCAAAACAGAGAUGGACGGCGAAAGAGCAAAUCAGAGAUUCGAAGCUCCUUUUCUUGACGAAAUUCGAUUCGAACAUUCAGAGAGAAGAUCGAAGACGACACGUGUUCUCCGACGAGCAUUCUUGA